AUGUCUUCGUCCACCUCUGCGCGCAAUUCGGAUCACGAGCCAGACGACGAGGAACAAGACUUGGGUCUGGGACUCAGUUUAUCCCCAACAACAUCAACAUCAGUUCCUGGCCCAGCUGCUCGCAGGACUCUGCAGCCCAAGCGGGCGCUAAGACUCUAUCCAGAGCUGAAGCUUGGCCUGGGUUCGUCGCCCUCAUCACCGGACUUACAGCGUCCUGUCGACUUGCUUCGUCGAUCACCGCUCAGUCCUCUACUCAGCCCAAUACAUUCAAGAUCACGAACGCUACCUGGAAGCUACUUCAAGAGCAUAGAUUAUUCACUGGAGCCUGCUCCAUUGACGGCAGAAGAGGUGGUGAAGAUCCAGCGAUGGAUUUUGUGCGUAGCAGUUGUCAACUUUGACCUCGAUGUUGGGCCAAUGUUGCAUCAUGUGUAUCCACCCGUAGAGUUCUCGGAGAAGCAAAGGGAGAAUAUUGCAUUCUCCGCCUUUCCGGACUCUGCAUCCUUCACCACUGGCUCAGAUUCACACUCGUUCCGCAUACGAGAUCCACCGUCUGCCUCUCAUAAUCAUCCCCCAUCCAUCGAUGGAUAUCUCUAUGGCUUCGCGCUUUUUAUGCAGAAGCGUGAUCCCCAAAUGCGUCGGGGUUACCUUCAAAAGUCCAUUGUCUUCCUCAGCCACCACCCACACGUCUCGCUCUUCCUUGAAACAGCUUCCAAACUUGGACCAGCGUACUUCAAGCAUGGAAGCCCCUUACUCGAAACAGCUUGCAGGAAUAUCGCAGGAUGGCCGGAUCCAAAGCCUGGGGUGACACUGGAGCUAGGGUUUUUGGGAUUGGUGUUGAAGACCGAGCUGCCAGCAUUUGGGGAGGAACAGCAGUCUGUGGAGACGGCAUCUUUCACCGAUGUGUUUAAGCCUCAUACCCAUAUCCUCGCCUCCAUCCCGCCAUCGCCCCCAGUCGAGGUGUUCAGCGCAGCCAUCGCCUCGUUAUGGUCGAUCUGGGAAUGUGUGAUCCUGGGCGAGCCCAUCCUCAUCUACGCCUCCAAUGCGCGUAUUUGCAGUGAUGCUGUCUGGUGGCUUCGAGAUCUCAUCCGACCCAUUCCGCUCGCCGGCGACUUCCGCCCAUUCUUCACUAUACAUGACACGGAUUUUCGGACGUUGGUCACGAAGAAACAUCCGGCUGCCGGGCUCAUUUUGGGCGUGACGAACCCGUUCUUUGAGACGGCGUGCAAGCACUGGCCACAUAUCUUGAGCUUGACGAAGGAUGGCAGAAAUGGGAAUGGACACAACGACAUGCCCACACAAGGAACAUUGCUCGGCCCAUCCCCAGGCUGGCAUUCCAAACACAAACGGUACAUUUCCAAGGAUCGCGCACUUCUCAAGACACUUGAGGAUGGCAUCCGAGCACGAAACUACGAUGAGUGCUCGAGGCUGCUACGCAUACAUUUCUUGCAACAGACGGAGAAGCUGCUCGUGCCUCUCAAUCGCUAUUUUGGUAGCUUGAUACCCACAGAUGCGUACGUGAUUUCCUUUCAAUCUGCCUCAUCAACACCACUUACCCUCAAACCAUUCAAUACCCCUCAUUUCAUGGCGUCACUCAAGACGCACGGUUCGCCUCUCAAGUUUCGCGUGCAGGGCGGUGGCCAGCGUGAUUUCUACGAACACUUCCUCAGAUGCAGCAAUUUUGGCAGCUGGCUGCGGACGCGUGCUGAUCUUGCCCAGCGUGAGAUGGACAAGAUGACUGCUGCUCGGACAUGA